AUGAGUGAUUUCGUUACUGAGGCAUUCACACUUUUGGCGGUGGCCAUCGUGAUCAUCGGUCUUCGAACGACCGCGAGAUGGUUCAUGGUUGGUCCGAGAAACUUCCAGCCAGAUGAUUAUCUGAUGUUGCUGGCGUGUGUGGUGUACGGACUAGAAACGGCCGCUGCGUACAUGGUGGGUGCAUGGUUCAAGGGCCUUGCGAACAAUGCGAUGACCGACGAACAGCGGAGGACGUUGCCUGCCGACUCGGAAGAAUAUCGCUUGCGGGUUGGAGGCUCCAAGGUUCAAGUGACCGGCUGGUCUUUGUACACCUUGUUGCUGUGGCUGCUGAAGACGUGCAUGGCCGUUUUCUAUUCUCGAUUGACAGCUGGUUUGAUCAACAUGAGAGUUCGUAUCCAAAUCGCCUAUGGUCUGAUCGCCGCGACUUAUAUCGCCACUCUUUUUUCCAUCCUGUUCGGUUGUCAUCCAAUGCACAAAAACUGGCAGAUCUAUCCGAAUCCUGGAAAUUACUGCCAACCUGCCGUGUCCAAGAUUGAUAUCUACGUGACGGUCGUGCUCAAUGUCGCGACCGAUGUUUACCUGAUUAGCAUUCCCGCUCCGAUGCUGUUCAAAGCUCGACUCCGAUGGCGAGAAAAGCUCGAGCUUCUCGUUCUCUUCAGCGGGGGAUUGUUCGUCAUGAUGGCGGGAAUCCUGCGCUGCGUUUUGAUCUUGACGGCCGGUGCCAACGGUGCCGAACAAGCGGGCAGCUGGGCCUGUCGCGAGACCUUUGUCGCCGUCGUGAUUGGAAACGUCCCCAUGAUCUAUCCACUUUUCCGCCGUCUCGCUCGCCGGGCGGGUCUAUAUAUGACCACCAAGAGUGGUAGUCAGAGUUACCCCGCAUACCCGUUAUCCGACGGUGAUGGAAGCGGGUAUCCCAAGCGCAAGAAGUUCCUGCACCCGCUGUCCCUUCCUGCCGAUUCACAGUGGAACACCGUCAGCGACGAGCAGAUGAUUUUGCCUACUUCACGACAGCAAGCUCCAACAUGCACCGCUGGUGAAGGAGACUGGGAAACCAACAGUCAUGCGAGUCAUUGUGGAGGCAUCAAGGUGGUCCAUGAAACGAUUGUACACAGUGCCGAGAAAGAACAGAGGUUAUAG